UGGGAUUGAACCCAGAGACAAACAGAAAACAAACAGCCAUUUUUUCAAAGCGAAGAAUGUUUUGAAUCAGGAAAAGGUGUUGUAAAAUAUCAACUCCUAGACGCUCAAUCGUACCAUAGAUAUUAAUUAAAGGGUGCGAAGUACCUAUCCUAUUUGAGUUUACGUUAUGGAGGUUUAGUUUGAUGAGUAUCUUUUAUUUUUCUGAACCUCAUCUUCUGUAUUUUACCACUGAUCCUGGUCAAGAAGACAAGAACAAACCAUGUUACAGUCGGAUCAAAUCCCUAUGGCUUCUACAACUGGCCCUUCACCACUCCAUGGUUCCUUUAGAGAGAGACAGAGACGAAGGAAGAAGCGAAUAUCUCGGGAUUUAGACGACCAUAACGAGAGUUUAGAGUCCCCGAGCUCAAUUCCUGAAAGGAUACCGCUUCAUGAAAUGGCGGACGGGGAGAAAGCUAAUGCUUCUGCUGAAGGAAGCUCAAGUCURACCCAUGGAGGGCAUGAAAGAACUUCAAGGAGUCGAGAAAGAAGUAGAAGACCUCGUAGGAAAUCAAGAACUGAGAAUGGAGAUUUACAUGACAGGAAUGAGUUGCAGAUGCACACCCUUGAUAUUCCUGAUAAAAGACGGCAUAAAAGACCUCCAAUGGCUUCCUCAAGACAUGCCCCCAGGUCAGCAAGUGCAGAGGUACUGAACAGAAUGGAAGAUGACAUUGAUGGUGAGAAUCUUAGCCCAACAAGAGGAAGAAAUAGAAGACGACGAGGGCAUGGAUCAAAAGACAUUAUUGAAAAUGAUGAUAUGGAUGAAUAUGGGAUAGAUGGAGGUGUACCUGGAGAAAAUCCAAAAAGACCAAGACCACGCAAACACAAAACUAAAAAACCUUCAAGACAACAAAAUGCCACUUCUGGGGAGGAGGAAAACUAUAAUGCCGAUAUGGACGGAGAAGUAUCCAUGGUUGAUACAUUCAAGGUCGACAAAGAAGACAUAGUAGCAGGAGAACCAGCMCCACCCUCCAAUCCAAGCUUAUCCCAGACAUUACCCAGUCAACCUCUAGAUGUGGUCUUCAUUCAGACAAGAGAUGGACAUGGCUUUAAAAGUGAAAGAAAGACAAGAAUCAACCAGCUUGAAGAGGAAAGAAGAACUGCCUCUCCAAUGGAGAUUGAAAGAGAGAAAACUACUGCAGAAUUUGCUGUGUCUGUACACAGGGCAUUCAGGUCAUUUUCUUUGUUUUGCCAUGGAUUGCUAGCAGGUUUUGCCCUUUGCCAGUGUAUAUUUGUAUAUUCAUUGAGUGAUCAUGUGGGUGGUGACAAGAUUUUUUUAGAGUACUACUGCAAAAUGGCGCAACCUAUUCAGUCCAUAUACUACAUGCUCUUUGCUCUUUGCACUGUUUCUGUUUUUGACAGAUAUGACAUGGCAAACCCAAGGUCAGGGUUUUUCCAAGGUCUACUUAACCGACCUUCAAGAAUACUCUCCAUCAGUGCUUAUUUAUUCGCAUUGGUGUUUUCCAUUAGCGUUGCUAAUAUUGAUGACAGAAUUAGUUUGUACAAAAGCCCUCAAAACUUAUGGGAGAGUGAAGAGACGACGUCGUUACUAGAAACGUGGAGGAUCAUAAACCUGAUGCGCGUGUUAGGGGCAAUAAUGGGGUGGAUUUUAGUUGCGCUUCAGCCAACAAAAGAUUACACUGCACAAAACCUAUACGAAGGGAAUCAACUUGGGGACGAUGUCUCAAGAAAUACAAGACCUGGUGAUUUCUACCAAGCACCUUGAUUGGCCUUCCUAUGCCGGCCAUACUUUAGCAGAAACGGACAAAGGUUUACGCCAAUGUCAUGUUUUCCGUCUCCCUCCGCAAAGUUUAACAAGCUUAAGUCCAAUUCGAUCUGUGAGUUAGCCAUGCCCUGACUUAGAUCAGCCCUGAGGUUGUUUCAGGGUUUGAUCUAUGAGUUGACCUUGCCCUUACUUAGAUCAGCCCAGAGGUUGUUUCAGGGUUCCAUCUGUGAGUUAGUCCUGCCCUGACUUAGAUCGGCUCAGAUCACUUGCAGGUAUCUAUAAAAAAUAAGUCGAAGGAUUUUAUGAUGUUACCAAAUAAUGAUAAUGAUAAUAUGUUUUUUACCAUUUAGUGGAUGUAUUUAUGGUUAUAUAUCGACUAAGUAUGUACGCGACAAGAGAGAAAGUAGACAUUAUGGAAAUACAAGUUCGGUUUUUUCUCAUCACUGGCAGGUUAUUCGUAACAUACAUGCAUGUGACAUGACGGAAGGACGAUAUGUUGCUUCUCGUCAUGCGGGAAAAUCCUAGAUGAUGCCCCUUAGUUUAACUGUAGUUUAGCGGAAAUUUUAAAUCUCGUGUCAACGAGGAGUAAGCGUUUCCUUUCAAUGUUAUUGAGUAGAAUGAAUUUCUGUAAAACCAAGACAGUGUAAAUAAAGCAUAUUUAGUAUAUUUUGA